AUGAUCUAUCCCUUGGCUCUCGUCGCCCUCGCCGGUCUUGCCACCGCUUCGCCUGUCACCCAAGCUUUCGAUCCCAACGCCGUCCUAGCUGCCCCUACGCCCUCCUUGACCGGCCCUCCUAUCGCUGCUGCGGCCCAGACGGGUGUAUACGACCCGUCUGCUGCUGCUGCUGUCGCCUCCGCUGCGGUCACUGAUGUAGCCUCAGCGAGUGCCGCUUCGUCCCUCCCGGCUGGAGUGGGGCGGCGAGGCUUCUGUUUCCUUUGGUUCUGCAUGGGAACUCCGACUUCCAUGAGUACGUCGCAAAAUGGGUGGCCUACAAGCACCUCAAGCUGUACGACAUCAUCGACUAAGUCAGCCGUCGUUACCGUAACCACAUCUUCUUCCGCUCCUGUGAUCACAAGUAUUCCCUCCGUCACCUUACCUCCCUCGACCUGUACGCCAAUCAGCUGGACCAACACCUUUGCGUUCACUACCGCGACGGGCUGCGCUGCUCCCUUUGAAGUUGGUACCUACUGUGGGUUUAUCAACCCGGAAGACCCUUGUGCUCCCCAACCUGAUGGAAACGGCCCAAAGGUUCUGCCGGACACCAUCGAGCAGUUUAAAGCGUUCCCGGCGUUCCACCAGACUGCCCUGGGUGCGGUGACACCGUCUGGAUAUGCUUCGACUUUCAAGGAUCUCAACGCCUCCGUGAAUGCCAACACCUAUCUCGGCCUCCACACUCUUCAGAGUUACGAUGUCGCCAAGUGCGCUAGCUACUGCGACAGCACCAGCCUGUGCACCGGAAUCAACAUUUACAUUGAGCGCGACCCGUCCAUCAACCCUGGCCAAUGUUCUUGCACCAACCCGUCAUCCAUCACCAACUACAAGUGCACUCUCUGGGGCUCCGGUGUUGACAAGGCUGCUGCGACCAACUUCGGCCAGCCGAGAGAUGGAUUCCAAGUCGUCAUUGCCGGCUCCAACGGAUAUGAGAAGACGAACAACACUACGCCGGUGACCCCCCCUGGCUGGACCAAGCCCCAGAACUGCGGCGGUUCUAUCCACAACCACCCCUCUACUUGCCUUGGUCAGAAGUUCUUCCCGGGCCCGUUCGAUGUCAAUCUUUGCUCCUCUUAUGCCGCCGCCCAGAAUGCCCAGAACUCCAAGUUCCUCGGCCUGGCGUCUUGGGCCAGCUGGUUCGGCUACAGCCCUCUGAAGUGCAACUUCUUCAACGCCUUCAUGGUCAAGGAGAACGGCAUUCCUCAGGGCACUUACUGCAGUCUCUUCACUCAGCAAUACGCCCCCUCAGGUGCUACCUACCAGCCUGGCAACAGCGGUGGCAUUUCCUGGGGUUUCGAGAGCAGCUGGAGCUUCUGCUCCUCUUAA